CUUUGUUAUUGCCAUGUGUCCCAUUGUUCUCUCCAACUGUCUGCCACUCCCGUUAAUGUCGGUUCUCGUUUUCCCACUCACAAUGACCCUCCGAAAAAUAGAGGACAAGGAACAAAGCAAAAGAUUAAUAGCAGUUUCUAGUGGUAGAUCAGAUCAUCAAGAAAGGGUUUUGAGAAUGUCGACAAACAUAUUCUGGCAAGAAUCACCCAUUGGGAAAACUGAGAGGCAGAAGCUGAUAAACCAGAAGGGUUGUGUGGUGUGGAUCACAGGGCUCAGUGGCUCAGGAAAAAGCACGUUGGCUUGCUCGCUAAGCAGAGAGUUGUACACCCGGGGAAAGCUAUCAUACAUUCUCGAUGGGGAUAAUCUUCGUCAUGGUUUGAACAAAGAUCUUGGUUUCAAGGCAGAGGAUAGAGUGGAAAACAUACGCAGAGUCGGAGAAGUAGCCAAACUCUUUGCUGAUGCUGGUUUGAUCUGCAUUGCCAGCCUCAUAUCUCCAUACAGGAAAGACCGUGAUGCAUGUAGGGAAAUGAUGCAGGGUUCAUCUUUUAUCGAGGUUUACAUGAACAUGUCUCUACAACUAUGUGAAGCAAGAGACCCUAAAGGCUUAUACAAGCUUGCACGUGCAGGAAAGAUCAAAGGCUUUACAGGGAUUGAUGAUCCAUAUGAAUCUCCCUUGAAUUGCGAGAUAGAGCUGAAAGAGAAGGAAGGAGAGUGUCCUUCACCUGUAGCAAUGGCAGAGGAAGUCAUCGCUUAUUUAGAAGACAAAGGCUUCCUUCAAAACCAGUAGUAGUAACCCCUCCACCACCAUGAAUCCAACAAAGUCACAUUUGAUUUGAUUUUAUUUAUGUUUCUUUCACUCUCCUGAAAUAAUGCAUAUCAUAAAGAAGUUUGAACUAUGAAAGACAUGUUGUAGCUUUCUUCCUUUGCAACUUACUUUUUCUUGUUUUCUUAUAAAAAAAAGAAUAAUAAAAGCAAACAAGUCAUUCAACA